UGUAUGUUUAAACCCAAUCAGUUACUAUCUAAUCUUUACUGUUUUGAUCUAGAAUAAUUAUACUAACUGAAUUACUGACAAUUAUUUUAAAAGAAUGUGGUUCCUCUGCUUCCUUCUGUUCUAUUUUCACUUAUAUCUCUUGUAGCAGAAAGUAUUGUCAAAGCUUUUUAGUAUGUAAACAGUCCCUUCCCCACAGCCAGACUGGUAGAAGGUAUGACUUGAACACUGCAGCUUAAUGAAGUCCUUGGAAAACAUGUUCUGUCAUUGUGAGGGACAAUUUGGUUAGCCAUUUUAUGCUUAAAUUUCAUUUCCAGGCAACUGACUGGGUAGUACAAGACAAUUAAUUCUAGAUUAAUGGAUUUAAGGUCAUAGAUUCUUACGAUUGGAUUAUUAUGAGUAAUAGUAGUCACUUUAGUAGUGAUAUGACUAGAGGAAAGUAUUUCUAACAAUUGAUUUAGGAUGCUUCAAUUUAAAAUAAUUUGAAGGAUUAUGAAUUUGCACAACAUGCUGGAUCUUGAAAUGACCCAGUUAUGUAUGGAGGCAGGAAUGCAGCAUGGUGAUUGAUGAGCAAGCAAUUGAUAACUUGGCAGGAGAGAAGCAUGUGAAUCUUCAAAAUUAGCUGAGUAUUGACUAAGGCUAAGUUACUUUUGGGAUCUGAGAAAGUUUUACCGCUGAGCAUCAGGAAACAAUAUAUCUACCGGUAAUUGUAGAUAUUAUAAUAUUUGCUGCUUGCUUUUUCGUCUUGAUGUGUCUCUCUGGGACAAUACAAGUACUUUAUGAUUCAUGUGAAUUUGAAUUAUGCAUUUUUGGAUUUAGUAUGAAUUGUAAACUAAUGCCUGGUUGCAUUUAAUGCAACCCACAAUUAAGUUAAUUCAAGGCUAGUGUGAAUGCAGUUAAGGCAAAUGCCUGCACAAUUGCAUUUGAUGUUUCAGACACUGCUCAUCUUUAUGUGCAAAAUGGAGAAAAAGAUUUCAUAAGAGGAAACAAGUACGAUUUAAAAAAAAUAGGCUAAUUAUUAUAGUAGAACAAAAAUCUGAUGCAAUUCAAUGACAUAAACAUGAUCACAGCAUAAAAGAAUAGCUGUUAAACUGUAAGAAUCUAUAGUACACUGCUAAAUUUAAAUUAUCAGUAUAGUCUUUUACUAUUUACUGUAAUAUUUCGGUAUAUACAAGAAAUUACAUUGAAAAAUUGUCAUUGCCUAGCAUCAAGCUGGAACCAAUUGCAGUAUUUCUCAUAGAAAAUAUUCCAAUUUUCCACUUUAAAUAGGGCAAACUCAAAUAAUAUGACCACUUUAUGGAAUUCAUUAACUGAAUUAAUUGAGGCCUGCCUGUCUUUUCCAACUGUCUUUAUGUAACAUACUAGAUAAAAAAUAGCCAAGCACAUUAUUGCGUAUGUGUUAUGUGAACCACAUAAUCUGAUUGAUUUCUGGUUAGAGUCGCAUGCAAAUUCAGAUAAUUGGGUUCAGUUAACUCUCAGAUGAGUUAACCUAGCAAGGGUUUAUAUAGAGAUCAGAUACGAAGAAAUAGCAGUUAUCUUCACGGAAAUUCUGCAAAAACAAAUUGGUAUGAUCUCGGGUAGCUUCAUGAAUGGAUCCAAUCUUGCUAUAGAUGAAUGAAAUCAUUUUAAAUUUGCUACCCAUAUAAGUAGUUUGCCUUCCCCCCCCCCGCUACUUUUUCCAUUUUCCCAGGAUGGAAAAUACCUAGGAUUUCCUGGGUCCCCAUCCUAACCGAAGAUUAAUCAAUUCUGACCCCACUUAGCUUUCUUGGAAUCAGCCAUGGCCUUCUAAACGCUAAGUUCAAUACUGUAGCACAAAAUAAUAAUAAUAAAAAUACAUCUGCUGUCUUGCUUUCUCUCUAUCACCAGCGCGAUACUUCGCAAGGCGCCGGCCCAUCCUAAGACUUGUCGCCACGACUCGGUUUCCAAGGUCCUUUCGCGAGCGAGCUGGCAGGAAAGAGGCAGCCGCCGGUCCGAAAAGGCCGCCGCUCUUUCCGCUUUCGCGUGCAACUUCCCGUAAACCCGCCGUUUGGCUCAGUGCAAGGAAGGGAGCGCACGCGCACUCGCCCUGGAACCAAUGAGCUCAGGCAUCAGAACCCGACGGGAUUGCUUUGCUGCCGCACCUCAACGACUGGUCCGGUAGUUGGUCCGGUCCCUUUCUUGGAAGCUGCCGCCCGGAGAAGAUGAACGUAGCCAACGAUGGGGUUGUAAGAAAACCGGCCUUCGGCGGGCACGGGGGGGUGGGGGGAUAAGUAAUUGCCGUUCAUCCUUUUCCUGGCGAAGCUGUGAUCUCCGGGCUAUUGGCUUCUAUAGGAACUUACCUUUAGACUGCCGGCCUAAAGGGGCCAAUUGGAUGCUGCUUAGCCCUGUUCCUUUCUUCAGUGGAUGGCCGGUUGGCCGUGGUGUUAAUCGCUCUUCCCCCCCGCCCCUCCUCUACGUCCCCAGGCGAGGAGGGAAGAGAUCAGCGCCACCAAUCAAGACGGACAGAAAUUCAGACAGAAUGGCUUGUUCCAGAACUUGCUCAGGAGAAAAUGGAGAACAGGCCACUUCGCAGAAUAACAGCGGUGAUAAUGAGAGGCAAUGGCAGCAGGAACGCCUCAACAGAGAGGAAGCUUAUUAUCAAUUCAUUAAUGCGCUUAGUGAUGAAGACUACAGAUUAAUGAGGGAUCGCAACCUUCUUGGGACUCCAGGGGAAAUAACAGCAGAUGAGCUGCAGCAACGUUUGCAAAGCGCAAAGGAAAAUCAGUCAUCCCAGUCUGAGCCAGAAAAUAGAGAAUGGGAAGAUUCAGAGACGCUUGGGGAAAACAUAACCAGUAACUCCUUGCUUGAGUGGCUGAACACAUUUCAUCAUACAGGAAAUUCCACACAUAGUGGCCAGAGUGGAAACCAGAGUUGGAGAGCUGUAAGCCAGGCAAACCCAAGUAGUGGAGAAUUCCGAUUUAGUCUUGAAAUAAAUAUAAACCACGAACAGAACAAUGAUAUUACUCCUGGGGAACAACUGAAUGAGUUCUUACAUGGCCAUUCCAGUAGAAUGCAUAUGGAAAAUAGACCUGUAAUUGCAAAUAGCCCAGUAGCCAGCCGAACUAGGAGCAGGACAUUAGCUAAUUCGGUUGGCCAUGGAUUUGUCUCAUCAGGAAUUGGAAAUGCUAGUGGUUUGCUGACUCAGAAUGCUGAAGAAAAUUCUCGAUUCUUCUCUGGUAGACUUGGAGCUAGAAGUUCAGCAAGUUCAACACCCAACAGCCUUUUAGAUGACAAUGAACACAACAUCAUUAGGCAAAGGAGAACACAGAGGGUGACUCCAGUAAGAUAUCACAGAGGGAGAGCUAGAACUCGAAGAAAUUCAAGGCAAAGGACGGAGGUUUUAAGAUUAAGAUCAACUUUUAGAGGCCAAUUCCAAUCUCUUCUGGAAAAUGGGCAACCAGUCAAUAUACAACAAAUGCAUGCAGGAGCCAAUAGGGCGCACACAACCCAGCCUUCUACAGAACAACCUGAGGAACAAGCAUCAUCACUGGGUGUAACUUUGGAAGAGGAAGAAUCUGUAAGAGCCGCAGCAGCUGCAUCUAGAAGGCAUCCUAGUAUUACAUUAGAUCUUCAGGUGAGGAGAAUUCGUCCCAGAGAAAAUAGAGACCGUGACAGUAUUGCUUCUAGAACUCGUUCAAGAGCAGGCAUGGCAGACAACUUGGUGACUCUCGAAAGUGAUAAUGAAGGAUUUAUUCAGAACGUUUCACGGUCUGAAUAUGCAGGAAUACGGACAUACGUUAACACUAUACGGAUACCUCUUCAUAGGGCAUCAGAUACUGGACUUGGUGAGUCUUCAUCAGUGGCUGUCAGAUCAAUUUUAAGGCAAAUUAUGACUGGAUUUGGAGAGCUAAGCUCCUUAAUGGAUACAGAAACAGGUUCUGAAACUGAGAGGAAUAGUCAGCCCUUGUCGGAAGUUCAGCCCCCAGUGCCUAACAUGGACACUUUAAAUAAUAUUGAUGUAUUCGAUGCAACUUCGUCUGAGGAUAGGUUAACUGAACAAGGUAGCGGGGAAAGGCAAGGAGAAACAAAUUCUAUCCAACACCAUCAAAAUAAUAAUGCCCCAAAUAGCAGAGCUUCAUUUGUUGAAAAUGGAACACUUCCCAUCCUUCGCCUUGUACCUUACCUUUUAUUAGAAGAAGAUUCCAGUGACAACUUGAGAGGGUUGACCAAAGACCAGAUUGAUAAUCUUUCUACCCGAAAUUAUGAAAAUCCCCAUUCAGAAGAUGAUGAAAUAAGUAAGACAUGUAGUGUGUGCAUUAAUGAAUAUGUUGUAGGAAACAAGCUAAGGCAAUUACCAUGCAUGCAUGAAUUCCAUUUUCAUUGUAUUGAUCGGUGGCUUUCUGAAAAUUCCACUUGCCCAAUUUGUCGGCAACCUGUAGUAACUUAAUAUUGCAGGCAGUAGAUGAAUCAUCAAAUCCAGAGGCCUCUUUUUUUUUUUUUACUGACUUUGAAUAAUAAGAGAGGGUGUUUUAGAUAUGUUUAAAGCCGAAGAAAAUCUGAUGAUUUGUUAGGAUCGACCUAACUUUCCAAGUACAGAUAUAAGAGGUAUAAGAGUAAAUAUUCAAAUUACCUUAAUGAAAUUAUAUUUUUCUAUAUAAUUUUGUUAUGCAUAGCACUUGUGUAAUUCAGGAGCUUAUGUUAUUAAUAACAUGCUUUUUAUUGAGAUUUCCAUUUGUUUUCAGCAGUUAUAAAGUAAUGUUAUUAUUCUAUAAACAAUCCCCCUUUUAAGUUGCCAAAGAACGAACAUUGGGACACCUGGCAAAAAGGUACUUGCUAUUUGAAGUGCUUUUCAUAUACAGUGUAUAUUUUUAUGGACCAACACACGGCACAUUUGGCUUUAUUUAAAUGUUUUAUAGAAGUUUUGCAUGCUUUUUAUACAGUUUCUCAUUGACCCAUUAAGGUUUAAAUCUUAAGAUCAACUGAAUUUUAAUUCACUCGACUGAUUUGGACAGUCCAUAUUUUAGCAUAUACAGCCAUGAUUGCCAAUCCAUAUUUGCCACUUCUCUGGUCAUUUCAGAACAUUCAGAAAGGAAAGCAUAUAUUUAAUAUGGCUGUGCAGCACUUUGGAUACAAAAAGGAAAAAGAUGCUUUGGAAUGUUGCAGGAAUGCUCGUGUUGGCCCUUGGCAACUUCUUGAAAGCAUAGUGUCUUUUCUUUGGUCAUACACCCAUCUUCUUUCCAGAUUAGCAUAAUCCCAGUUUAGCCUUGGGAAAGAGGCUUUAGUUAAAUGAGUUGUCAAAAGAUUAUUGAUACCCAAGCGCAGCACUGUGUUCCUUUCAAAUCCAAAGCACUGCACACCCAACAUACUUAAUGCAUUUGACACACAUGAAGACAGACUAAUUUUAAAAGAAUUUUAAUUUGUACAUGUACAAGGGCAAUGAUCAUAUUUCCUUAACACCAUGCAUGGUUCCUUUUUUUUAAAUAAGCAAUACUAUCAGUUUGCUGUGAACAGAAAGCAUGUAAUUAUUGUUAUCUUAAAAUGGAGAACUUCCAGAGGAUUUUGUUGUUAAGAGAAAAUGUAUGUUUACUGUAAGAUACCAGAAACAUCUGUAUGCUUGGGUUGAAGGCAUAUUAUACCAAUCUCUGAUAAAGAAAUAAAACA